GCCAGGGCGGGAGCACGGCUCGGGACGACGGGGCCCGCGGACUGAGGACAGUGGCCUCGGUGGCCGACAGAGUGCUUAUGAUUUCAUGUGUUUUUGCUGAACUUGUGAAAGAGGCACUUCGAUGAUGGAUUAACAAGAACGCUGAAGUUCUGUGCAGUUUCACAUUGGAGCAUACUGAAUUUUCACCCUAGUUCAGCAGCUCUGCUGCUCACUUAAAUACAGAUGAAUGAAGACCCCAUUCGGGAAGACACCUGGCCAGCGGUCCAGAGCUGAUGCAGGCCAUGCUGGUGUAUCGGCAAGCAUGAUGAAGAAAAGGACGUCCCACAAAAAACACCGGAGCAGUGUGGGGCCGAGCAAGCCCGUGUCCCAGCCUCGGCGGAACAUCGUAGGCUGCAGGAUUCAGCAUGGGUGGAAGGAGGGCAGUGGCCCUGUCACCCAGUGGAAAGGAACCGUUCUGGACCAGGUGCCUGUAAACCCUUCUCUGUAUCUUAUAAAAUACGAUGGAUUUGACUGUGUUUAUGGACUAGAACUUAAUAAAGAUGAAAGAGUUUCUGCGCUUGAAGUCCUCCCUGAUAGAGUUGCAACAUCUCGAAUCAGCGAUGCACACUUAGCCGACACAAUGAUUGGCAAAGCGGUAGAGCACAUGUUUGAGACAGAGGACGGCUCCAAAGACGAGUGGAGGGGAAUGGUCUUAGCACGUGCCCCAAUAAUGAACACAUGGUUUUACAUCACCUACGAGAAAGACCCUGUCCUGUACAUGUAUCAACUCUUAGAUGAUUACAAAGAAGGUGACCUUCGCAUUAUGCCCGAUUCUAAUGAUUCACCUCCAGCAGAAAGGGAACCGGGAGAAGUUGUGGACAGCCUGGUAGGCAAACAAGUGGAAUAUGCCAAAGAAGAUGGCUCUAAAAGGACUGGCAUGGUCAUCCACCAAGUAGAAGCCAAACCGUCUGUCUAUUUCAUCAAGUUUGAUGAUGAUUUCCAUAUUUAUGUCUACGAUUUGGUGAAAACAUCCUAGAUGUCGUCAUGAACUUUGCCAAAUUUGUGGAACUAUUAAAUGUAUAAUUUGUAGACAUAAAGACUUGAUUGCUUUCCAGUUUAAUGAAAGCUUAAAUGUCCCUGCGAACCCACAAUCUCUGCCAGCAGAACUGGUUUUGUUCUGAAUAGUACAGAUUUAUGUGAACACAAAGCAUCUUGUGUAAGGAACUCCUUCCUCUUAAAAGAAGUCUGUCAGUUUGGAGGGGAAUUACAGGCAAUUUUGGUAAAAGUUAAGCUAGUGUCAUAGUCAAUUGAAACUGUACUGGAUCUCAUCCAUUCCCCUUCGCUGAUAACACUCUUGCCCUGCUGCCACGAUGCAAGCGUAGUUUGGUAUUUUUGUUACUGCUUUUUUUUGGAGAUUUGUAUGUAUCAAUAUCUACCUAUCUAUAUCUGUGUGUAUACAUAUAUGAUAUAUAUGCACACACACAUUGAUCUUCGUGUGCACAUGCGUGCGCGCGCGCACACACACACAAACACUUUAUUGGCAGUCCUUUCUUUGUGGAUCGGGAUGGGGGUUAAAUGAUUUUCUCCAGUUUAACAGGAGUGCUUGACCCAAGUCAGUCAUGUUUAAUAUAUUACUGCUGUUUAUUUAAAAUUAAAUUUGGGCACAGGAAGCACAUGGGGAUGUUCAGCUUGUUUCAGAAGUCAGAGUUCAGAGCACCUUUUCAGUUUGAGGCUUUAGACCAUAAGUCCAGAUUUGAAUAACUCUUUAUAAAACAGAAAUCUGGAUAAAAGGCUGCCUUUAACUCUAAGCUUUGACAUUUUUUGUUUACAUAUUUUAUCAUCAUUUUUUUUUUUUUUUUAAGCAAAGCCCAGGUGCUUGGUCCACACCGUGUAAUGCUAGUGUAUUUUGGACGCACAUUGGGUGCAUUAUUUGUGCAAAUCAGUGAUCUGUAUUUUGGUACACAGGUUUAAAAGCAACAGUACAAUAGUCAUUUGUGUGUAUGUGGUAUGGUCCUGGAAGAAUAUAGUGCUUUUAUAUUAAUAAUGUAAUUUGAAGAAUGACGAUGUUGCCCUCUAACAAGUUCUCUGGGACACUUGUAUUUUUAUUAUUAUUAUUAUUACUGAUAUAUAUGAUUAUGGUCCAAAGGCUUUUUCCCCCUGGCUUUUCCCACAAAGAAUGUCUAGACAAAUACCAGCUGAAAUCCCUGACACACCUGUAGGGUAUUGUAUGUUCUGCUACAGUGUGCUGCUGCUCUGGACCCUGUCGCACAUGUUCAUUCAUGGUGUGACCGAUAGCAGUCCUUAGCCACAGCAUUCUUCCCCGGCUUACUCCUUCAAGGUGGUUUUAACUGAAGAAGUGGUUGGUGUAGCAGCAAUACAUCGGUCUGUCACUUAGUUUUAGAUGAGCCCUGGCGCUUGGAAAGCUAGGAUAAAGGUCGUGUGUGAAACCAGGCUCCUGGGGGGAGUGGAAAUCUUAGCCUAAGAUCCGGGCAGAAGGCUAAGUGCUCAUGCUGUCAGUCAAACACCGGAAGUUCGUGCGACCUUCAUCAUGGCCGUCCUCGACGUCAGAGAUUUUGUAGUGUCACGGUCUCACGUGUGGUUUGCGUGAUGCCCACUCCGCCUCCAGGAAGGCUGCGCCUGGUGCUGUGGACGGUAGCCCCUCGCACCGUGUAGGGACACACCACGUGUCCUGCAGUGUGUCCAGCGCCUCAUCGCCACGGCUAAGGGCGAGCUUCUCCAUGCAGUGAGUACCCAAGUCCUAGAUGCUCCUCCUGUGUUUGAACCCGUGUCAUGUGCACAUCUGUCAGCUGCUCUCCAGUGGCUCUUGUAAGAGUACCUGCAUGUGAACCUAAGGCUGAGCCCCGCUCCCCAGACCCAGGUGGACACAUGGCCCAGAGAGGGAGUGUGUCCAGUGUGUGCACUGCACAAACGCAGCACAGUGACUUUGGGCUGAAAAACAGUUCUCUGGAUGUGUCCGAGGGUUGGGUCAGUGGAAACAUUUCUGGCAUUACCUAAUGACUUGCAUUGUGGUUUUUUUUUUGCAAGUAUCUUUAGCAACUUCAAGACCACAUGAUCUGCCACUCUAGAUGAAUGCAACAAGUGAUUAUUGUUAUUUUAAUUAUUGUUCCAUUUUUUGCCUUUAAGGGGUAAAGGAAGGGGAAGGGGAAGGGUUUUUCUGUUUGUUUUUCCAUCCUUCUUUUUUUUCUUUGGCUUAAACCACACUUACUGACGCUGUGACUAAUCCUGUUCCCUAGCCGAGUAUUCCAGGCUUCGUGUGAGGCUCAUGUUUCAGAUCUGCAUGCAUUGCUUGCGUUUUCCUGGUAUCUGAAUGUUGGCUCCCUGUUCUGGGAAUCCAACAUUAAUUUCCACAAUUAUCAUGGGACUUGUGACAACACAAGACAUGAGUCUGUAUAAAAUGUAUUGGCCUUCCUCAUUGACCUGCGCUAGUAUUAUUGUGUCGUGUGUGCGUGUGUGAUGUCUGGCUGCCACGUGAAGCUUCAAAGGAAACCUUAACGCAGACCAUCUUUUUUGCAUGCUCUAUCCUAAGUAGAAUGUUCAAUGUAACUAACGAAAAAUGCAUGUGAAAGGUAUUUAGGUUUUUUUGUUUUUUUAUCUUUGGUUUUAUUUGUUUUCAGUUUUUUGUAUAUUUGCUUACUGUGCUGUUUUAGUGGUUGUAGGAUAAAAUGCACUGGUGAAGCAAAUGUAGUGCCAACAGGAGGUGAUUUUCCAGUUGUAUGUGUCAUGCAGCAUUUGAAGGGACUGUGCAUCUUAUAGCAAUCACAGUUACCUCUGAACCGGAUUUCAUUUCUAUUAUUUUAUGUGCCAAACCCCGAAGUGCAUUGGGCUUGAAUCUCUGAACGCUGUGGACCCAUUAGAAGACUGUUUUGAUUGUCACAAAUUGUAGUGCCUGAAAACAUGCUUAAGCUGAUUGUCUUAAAAAAAAAGAAAGAAAGAACGAAAGAAAGAAAGUUCUCCAAAGACAAAACAGGAACAAAUAAUUAUGGUCGUAAUGUCUGUGGUUCCUUGGAAAUGCUGCGCUUUUUGUAUUUUCCAUCAUCGUAGUGCAGUUUGAAUGAAUGUGUAUAGUUCAGAGGUCUCGUGUUCGCAUCUUAAAAUUAGGCAAUGACCUCAUCUUUCAAGCUUGAAUUCAUUCUUAAUUUUAAUUUUAUUUUAUACAAUGUGUAGACAGUUCCCUGUUCUCUGCAUUUAGAAGUAUAAACAAUAUAAAUCUGUUAAUUCUGUAAGUAAUUUUUAUAAUUAUGAUGUAA